CUCCCAUCCUAGAGGACAGAGCAAUGCGGAGACAAUAGGACGCAGAGCCGGAGGAGUCUGGAGGAUGCGCGGCGCCACAUCCACCGUCACACGGCUGCACGGAGGCUUUUCACAGGACACCGACAUCAGACGAUUCUCCCGGCUUAUCUGGCCUUAGUAUGCGAUCAGAUUAUCCCGUGUGUUUACCAGCAGCCUGGGCUGACAGGGCAGACUGCACAGCUCCCAUAUGGGAACCAACUGAAGGGAAGCCUCAUGUCAAUCCCUAGAACCUCAGCAAUUUCUCUUGCUUCUACCUGGCAGGGAGCAAGCCCACUGUCUCUGAAGUCUGUAAGUGACACCAGCUAUUAGCUACUACUGCUCUGUCCCACCUGAGCGUCUUUUUCCCAGAUUUUUCUCCCAGUACAUCCCCAAAACAGUCCCCAGCAUGAGUUCCUCUCCGCUGGUGUCUCGAGCCAACGUGGACAUCCUGGAUGAGCUGCAGCUGAUCGCAGCCCAGAACCUGGAGAGACUGGAGGUCAACAAGUAUUACGAGGUGAUCAGGGAGCUGGGCAAGGGCACCUACGGCAAGGUGGACCUGGUUAUCCACAAGAUCAGAGGUACAAAAAUGGCACUGAAGUUCCUAAAGAAGAAGACAACCAAGCUGAAGUCGUUCCUGCGGGAGUACAGCAUUUCACUCUACCUGUCUCCCUGCCCUUUCAUCAUUAACAUGUUCGGCAUCGCCUUCGAGACAGAUGACUACUACGUGUUUGCCCAGGAGUAUGCUCUGGCAGGAGACCUCUUUGAUAUCAUUCCUCCACAGGUUGGUCUCCCUGAGGCAGUGGCAAAGCGUUGUGUGCACCAAGUAGCCAUAGCUUUGGACUACUUGCACUGUAAGAAGCUGGUCCACAGGGACAUCAAGCCUGAAAAUAUCCUUAUUUUUGAUCGAGAGUGCCGCAAAGUCAAGCUGUCAGAUUUUGGCAUGACCCGCCGAGCUGGCUCACCUGUGAAAAGAGUGAGUGGCACAAUCCCCUACACAGCUCCAGAGCUUUGUGACGUGUCUCGUCAUGAGGGUUUCUCAGUGGACUACAGCACUGACGUUUGGGCCUUCGGUGUGCUGCUGUUCUGCAUGCUGACUGGCAACUUCCCCUGGGAGAAGGCACUGCCCUCUGACUCCUUCUACCAGGAGUUUAUUCGCUGGCAGAAAAGGAGGACGAACACGGUGCCGUCCCAGUGGAGGCGCUUCACUGAGCAGGCCCUCCGCAUGUUCCGCCGGCUGCUCUCUGUGGAACAGGACCGCCGCUGCUCCGUCAAAGAGGUCUUUGGCUACUUCAGCCACUCCUGGAUGCUAGACACAGAGAAUAACAACAAAAAUUGCAACGGCAACAGUGGAGGUGGCGGAGAGAGGGUUGGUGGUGGUGGAGGAGGAGGAGGGGUGAGAGGAGAGGUGGACGGCACUAUCUCCUCAUCUUCAUCCGGGGAAGAAGACGAGGAACUCCUUGUGGAGAGGAUGAAGCAGCAGACUCUCUCCCCGCUGUCACCUCUCUCUCCCAUGUCUCCAGGGGUAGUUGAGAGGGCUAGCGGUGGCGGGGCUAAGGGUGGGAUGAUGGAACCAGGUGGCGGCCACCAUUUUGUUUCCGUCUCCACCAACAGCUCUGUGUCGUCCACCAAUAGCUAUGAUCGAAUGCCACGAGAAAACAAUUCACCUGGUGGCCGCAUGCUGGUGGCUACACCCAUUGAAAUCUGCGUCUGAGUGCAUCAGAAUGUUCAAGCUGUCACAGACUCACUGGUACACACUUUUAUACCUCUCAUUCAGCCACAUAGAUGUGCAUGCAUGGACAAAGAAACAGACAAUGAGUACUAACACUUGUCCCCAUUUUAAACAUCUUGGGAAAGGUAGAGCACACAUGGAAGACUAAACAAGAGAGUAUUUGAAGAAUGCAUACAUUCCUUACGAGUUAGGAUUUUUGGUCAGACUGGAGUCAAAAGACUCCAUAAGAAGCCCCAUUUAUACUUUGAUUUCAAUGACGGGUGCAAAUGCAGUAUUGUGAAACCCAGAGGAAAAAUGAAAAGUUGCUUCCAUCAGAGAUUUUGUCAAUAAAACUAUCUGAAAAGAA